AUGUCAGUUGAAGGAACAAGCGGUUGUUACGACUUGUUCGUACGUCGUACCCCUCCUCUUGAAUUACACAUUUUCUGUCCCACUUGCGCAAGCACCCUUGGCCUUUCGAGUGCCACCAAUGGCGAACGUCAUUGCCCGGCAUGUCAGACAAUCCUCGUCAACCCAGAUGAUGUCGUGAUAACCGCCUUGAACCCAACGGAGGAUUACAAAACCAGCGUCCUGAGCGGGUUAGACCCAAACACUAUAAUGGAAUGUGCCGGACGCGCAUUGCUUUUUUGGACCUACCAAACAACUCAAGAAAUGUGCGUCGUUCUGGCCGCUGCUCGACACUAUUGCGUACUGACGGCCAACAGCUACUACCAGGAAUUUCUCGCAAAGACACUCACAGACAGGUAUACGGGUUUGAACACACAGAUGGAUAAAGUUAUUCAUAAUGCCAACACGGAAAUUUCGACUCUACAGACAAGGCUAUCAGGUUCGUGCCGUCCUACUCAUCUGCCCGAACUUUCACCUGAACCAGAUAUGCAGGCGACACAUGAGCAACUUCAGAAAAAGAAUCAGGAGCUUGUUGAUUUAUACCGAGAAAAGUGCAAGAAGUUCUCACAAAUCACGAAUCUCUAUAAUUUGCUGAAAUCUCGGGCAAUGCGCUCCCAUAUGCAGACUGCUGCAUCGGACUCAGUUUCCCAGGCACUGAACUCUUUAGGAGCGUCGCGAAAUGACCCUUCAGCUUCGGCAUCGAACAGACCAUUGGGUCCACUAAUGCCGAUGCAAACACCAUCUCAUCGUCAAAAGAACAUCUUCCCUGUUGACCAAGAGGGAGUGGAGCAAUUACAUCGAUAUCAACGCAGCGGUACUGGGAGCUCAAAGGGGACAAAGAAAAGAACGGAUACCUCAGCAAUGCCGCCUCCAAGUCUUCCAGGAAAUCCAAGACAUCGUGAGUAUGUUAUUGUGGCUUUAAUGCAUUGUCUAAUAUUCAUGUAG